CGUCUGAGCCGCUACAAGAACUGAAAAAUAAUAUAAAAUCAAAGCAUUCAAUUUAUUUAUUUUCGGCAAAUGUACCAUCACUGACCCGUAGAAAGGUUAUUGAUCUCACUCCAUACAUUCCGAAUCGAAUCCAUAUCAAAGAUACGAACUUUUUUCGAGUUUAUGCCACUCCCAUCGAUAAUGCCCUCCAUCUCCGAGCUCCCCAUCGCCGGCGAGCUUGAAAAGGAUUCAACGGACGGAGUACAUAAGCUCAGGCGUAGGAGGCGUAAAAGGAAGAAGAAGAAGGUGACGGCAGAGCAGCUUCUGGCAUCAAGAUACGUGCAUGAGUGGGCGUUCGGCCACUCCGAACCCUCCGAUGAUGGCGCCGGCCGCGUUCUAUUCGAGCUCCACUCGCAUUCCAAGUUCAGCGAUGGAUUCUUAUCUCCGGCAGCGCUCGUGGAGAGAGCUCAUAGGAAUGGGGUGAAAGUACUCGCAUUGACGGACCACGACACCAUGGCUGGCAUCCCUGGGGCCAUAGAAGCUGCUCAAAAGUUCAACAUGAGAAUAAUUCCAGGUGUUGAAAUAAGCGCAGUGCAUUCUCCAGGGGAUGAACCGGGAGAAGAGGAACCUCUACAUAUUCUUGCUUACUAUGGCUGUUGUGGGCCCUCUAUGUGUGAGGAACUUGAUGACUUAUUGGCCAAUAUUCGAGAUGGUCGUUAUGUUCGAGCAAAAGAGAUGCUGGCAAAGCUCGGCAAACUUAAGAUGCCUCUUAAAUGGGAAGAUGUUGCAAAUAUAGCUGGAAAAGGGGUGGCUCCAGGAAGGGUACAUGUUGCGAGGGCGAUGGUCGAUGCUGGCUAUGUUGAGAACUUAAAGCAAGCUUUUAGCAAAUAUUUGUAUGAUGGUGGACCUGCUUAUGCUAAGGGGGCUGAACCAUCAGCCAAGUCUGUUGUUGAAUUAAUUUGUCGUUCGGGAGGUGUGGCAACGUUGGCUCAUCCCUGGGCUUUGAAGAAUUCAGUUUUUGUUAUUGAGAGCUUGAAAGAUGCUGGUCUCCAUGGUGUGGAGGUCUACAGAAGUGAUGGGAUGUUGGCUGGAUUCAGUAAUUUAGCUGAUACGUAUGAGCUUCUAAAGCUUGGAGGAUCAGAUUACCAUGGAAGAAAAACAGAUGAUGAAUCUGACCUAGGAAGUGUCCAUCUUCCAGUUCUGGAUGUUUUCAAGUUUCUGAAGCUUGCAUCUCCCAUCUGGUGUGGUGCUACAAAAAAAAUCUUCAGAAGCUUUCUUGAAGAGCCUUCUGCUGCAAAUAUGAAAAAAUUCAAUUUUUACAAACCAGAUAAAUCAAAUUGCUGCGGAAAAGAUUGCUUUGAUCUGUGUUUAUCUUCAUGGUUAUCUGAUGAGGAAAAACAAAAAGCUGAGCUUGAAAAUAUAAGGAUUAAGCUAUCUGAUACUGUAGUCAGUAAAGUUGGGCUUCAUUUGGAACUAGAUAGUAGGUAGCUUAUACUUAUUUUACUUGGUCUGUAUUGUUUUGGCCAAUUUUUGUUUUUGUAUUCUGAACAGAAUCGACAAAUAUUUAAGUUAGUAUUAGAAAAAAAUGUCCGAGGAAAUUGAAUUAUGGAAAAGUGUAAUUUUUCUUCUUUACCGCAUGUUUUAGACAGUUAUUUGAGGCACAAUACUAAAGCACAUAUCUGCUACUUUGGUUUGGUCUCCUUCAAUGGAUUUCAAAGCUUUUACUAAGCCAAACAGCGAUUUGAAAGUCAAUGAUUUGAUCGUCAUCAAUAGUCUUAUUUCAUCAUCAUGGUUUCUACAGAAGAAUUUUCUUUGUUGCUUGUAUUGGAUUCUAUGAAUUAUAUAAAAGCUGCAUGAAAAAGCAUCCACAAAAUAAAACCUCCCAUCAUCACAUAACAAGGU